AGAAAAAAUACAAUGUGGUUCACAAGAAUGACUCAUAUGCCCCCUAACAAGUUUAAGGGGGCAUUGUGUGUGCUUUAAGGGUUGUUUAUGUUGCUUCUGGUAAAGAGAAAAUAUCCAUACCCUGCUGCAAAUCUCUGGGCCAAUUGUUACAUAGCAAGGCAGUAAAAUGGGGAAAGGGGCCCAACAUUAUUCAUGCCUGUGAGGGCAAAAUGCCAAAUACAGUAAAACAACUCCAAACUGACUUAGUAGGAUAUCAGUUAGCCCCACUAAUAAAAUACAGGAAAAAAAAUAUUAGUUUUGAUAUAAAACAAUGGAAGACUAUGCGGGAGAAAAUUGUGUGUGUGUUGCUCUCUGGACACAGCUUGUUUGUUAGAUGUGUGUAAGGGGCAUGAUCAUGUAGCGGGGGGCUCCUCUAUAAAAGACAGGGCUGUGGGACCCCGCUCACAAUUCAGAACUUGAGAUCCAUUCCAACUCGCUUCAGACUGAGCUCUGCAGAAGCCAUGGCAACUGCCCUCUUUGGAUUGAUGGGAGUUUUGCUCUGCACCCUUGCCGUUAGUAUUGAGGUCACACCUCAGACCGACUUCGACUUCCAGGGGGUAGCUGGGAAAUGGUACCUGAUUGGUUUUGCUACCAACGCAGAGUGGUUUGUCGUCCGUAAAGCAAACAUGAAGACGGGUGUCGCCAUGCUGACACCAAACGACGAUGGAGACCUAGAGAUGGCAUAUUCCAGUCUGAAUCCUGAUGGCACAUGCUGGAGAAUGACCCAUGUGGCACAGAAGACGAAUAUUCCGGGGCAAUUCACCUUCUACAGUGACCGCCAGGAAACUGUAAAUGACAUGCGUGUUGUGGAUGUAAAGUAUGAUGAAUAUGCUGUGAUCCACACCAUCAAGACCAAAGACGAUUCAAUAACUAUUCUGAACAAACUCUACGGCCGAACACAAGACCUGGGCCAGGACGUCCUGGACAGAUUCACUGAGUUCUCUCUGGAACAAGGCAUUCUACCCGAGAACAUUGCUGUCCUGCCUAAAAAUGACGAGUGCCCUUGAACUGUGGAUUUGAAGAUCCUAUCUGAUCCUCGAGUCUCGGAAGAGACACUACUUAUUGUAGUGAAACAUUUGAAUUCUAACUUUUAAACUGAAAGCACCCUUUAACCCUCUAAAACAUCUCUCUUGCUUUGAUUUUUUUUAGUAUGGAAUAAAUAAAAUCUUUUGUGAACCUCA